CAGUCCACUUCAAUUCAGUCCUCUUCUUCGGGUAGAUCUUUUCUCUCUCAUCUCACAGAGUUUCCAAAGAGCAAAAGCUAUGGCACCAGAAGAAGAACACCCAGUGAAAGCCUUUGGAUGGGCAGCUAGAGAUGAAUCUGGUCAUCUUUCUCCCUUCCUUUUCUCAAGAAGAGAUACUGGUGAUGAAGACGUAAGAUUUAAGGUUUUGUACUGUGGAAUUUGCCAUAGUGACCUUCACAACUUGAAGAAUGAUUGGGGUUUCUCUGUUUACCCAAUGGUUCCAGGGCAUGAAAUUGUAGGGGAAGUAACAGAAGUAGGGAGCAAGGUGAAGAAGGUGAAGGUAGGAGACAAAGUUGGCGUAGGGUGCUUGGUGGGUGCAUGUCAUUCCUGCGACAACUGCAAUAGAGACCUUGAAAAUUACUGUCCGAAAAUGAUAUUCACUUACAAUUCCAUUUACCAUGAUGGGACAAUCACUUACGGAGGCUACUCAGACCACAUGGUCGCUGAUCAGCGUUACAUUGUUAAUUUCCCAGCAAAUUUGCCACUUGAUGCUGGGGCUCCUCUCCUUUGUGCUGGGAUCACAGUUUACAGUCCCUUGAAGCAUUAUGGAUUAGCAGAACCUGGUAAGCAUGUCGGCGUUGUUGGACUAGGUGGACUUGGUCAUGUGGCUGUUAAAUUUGCCAAGGCUUUAGGGGCUAAAGUCACUGUGAUUAGCACAUCUCCUGACAAGCAACAAGAUGCACUCACCCAACUCGGUGCUGACUCAUUUUUGGUUAGCCGUGACCAGGCCCAAAUGCAGGCGGCAAUGGGAACAUUUGAUGGAAUCCUAGAUACAGUGGCUGCAGUUCAUCCCAUUUUGCCAUUACUGGGAUUGUUGAAGACUGAAGGGAAGCUUGUAUUGGUUGGUGCUCCAGCAAAGCCUCUCGAGCUACCUAUAUUUCCUCUGAUUGCCGGAAGGAGGCUUGUUGCUGGGAGUGCCAUGGGAGGAAUGAAGGAAACACAAGAGAUGAUUGAUUUUGCAGCCAAACACAACAUAACAGCUGAUAUUGAGGUUGUCCCAAUUGAUUAUCUGAACCAAGCAAUGGAGCGUUUGGCUAAAGGUGAUGUUAAAUAUCGAUUUGUUAUUGACAUUGGAAACACCUUGGCUGCUGCUGCUGCUGCUGCUGCUUCUAAGCCUUGAAGGAGAGUAUCCAAUUCUAUCUUUGCUGAAUCUUGUGAACAAUAAAGCCAUUUCUGGCUCAACUAUCAUGGGAAGCACUUGAUGUUUAAGUGUUGUUUGCUUUAUAUUCUCAAAUGAUUAAUAAGAGAUAAUUUAAGAUCCUAUAAUUUGUUGGCUA